AGCACUGAGCACAGACGGCUGGCUGCAUUCUCUUCUGUCCAAUGAUAGCAGAGCUCUGUCUGAACAGUACUGUGCUCAGCAAUAGACAGCAGCAGAACACAGCCCGCAGCUGCUCGUACAAUAAGCUACUCGGGGAGCCUAUUCAAGGAUGGCAUCGAACAGCUCCUGGAAGAACGAGACAGCUUUGAUCCAGCAGCAAGUUUGGUUCCAGGUGCAGAGAAUCUACCCGUUCCAUGAUGGUUGGAAUACCGCUUGCUUUGUUAUUUUGGUGCUGUUCAUUCUGACCGUGUUAUCCCUUGUUUUGCUAGCUUUCUUGUAUGAGAUGCUAGACUGCUGUUGUUGUGCCAAGCACAAGACAGUCAAGGACCUGGAGAAUGAGCCCAACCCUGUUAGGGCUCUAAUGAGCAGCAUGAAGAAGCGCAAGACUGAAGUGGUGUGAAGUCCAUGGAAACUGGAGAAGACUUGGUCCAUCACCCAUUAAUAAGGACAAUCAGUGAGCAGGGCUCAUACUCCCUUUGCUCAUGGAUACAAAUAUUACUCAUAUUGCCACUAAAACAUAAAUUGUCCUUUGCUCACAAAAAUAUCAUCCCAAGUGAUCUUACUAUUGACCAUUCCCAGUUGUGUUGAGGGCCAACUCAUCUUAGUGAAUGAGGAUGGUUCUAAUCUGCCAAGACAAGUGUAAACACUUUUUUCUCCAAGUUGUGGAAUAUCCUAGCAUUAUGUCAUUAAAAUUGACUUUAACCCCCAGACCUAAUGAUCAAUCCCCUAAAUAAGAAACCCAAUCUGAUUUAACGGAGCCGGUUAGGAUGAUUAACAAAAAGUCAUAAAAAUAACAUACAGUUAGAGUUUUGCAAUUCAUUGAUAACCCAAUUAACGUUACUAUGUUUCUACUAGAUUAACCAAUAUCAUUUGUAUAUGAUGUAUACAGAGUUGACUUUUAAAAUCAACAAACUGACAGUUGCUUCUUAUAGGCAGUCUUCAACUAAAUUAAAGGGACAGUCUAAGCAGAAUAGGAAAUUCAUAUGGCUCUGUGCCAGAGACAUGUAGUUCUGGGUGACAGGAAGAAAGUUUUGCAGUUUUUUUUGCCUUUAGCCCUACCACAGGGAGGUAGCAUGUGGUCUAGUUUAACUUCCACUGUACCAACAUAUCCCCUCAAUGCAGAAAGCUAAGCCAGCAUACACCACAAGUGCACACAUUACAUACACUAUGGGAGGGAGGCAACAGAGGAGGACACACUGUUGGAUUUAAUUUGAGAGAGGAAAUAAAUAAUAUAUCAGGGUUUAGACAUUAACCCUGUCAAUGUCCACGGCU